CCAAGUCCCGGUCUCACUUCCCCGAUGAGUGAUGGCCACUCUCUCUCACUUCCCCGCCUUCCCCUCCCUCUUCCUCUCUCCCAAGCUCGUCCUCUUCGACCCCCGCCACCACCUCAAUCUCCGCCGCCGGACGCCUCAUUCUCCACCGCUACACUUCGCGGUUCGCGCUUCUUCCUCGUCGAAAUCCAGGAGGAAGGCGAAGAGAAAUGAGGACCUUUGCAGUGAGCUCCUGGAGUUUGUUGCUGCCGUUGGACUCCCACAAGGUCAUGUGCCCUCCAUGAAAGAGCUCUCGCAGCACGGAAGGAAUGACCUUGCGUACAUUGUUAGAAGGAGGGGAUAUAAGCUUAUUAGAGAGCUUCUUGCUGACUCGACGGAGUCAGAAUCGACAGCGGAUGUGGAUGAUAAUGCGGAUAACUUUAUAGCUGAAAAUGAUGGCGGUCAGAAAGAUAGCACGACAGGUCAGGAUCAAGAGGUGAAUUAUAUAACUGUGGUUGAGGAAUUCUCUUCUUUCAGUGAAGAUUCAAUCUUGGAAAGUGAUCCUGAAACUCUGGUUACUGAUCCAAUUCUGGACCAUGAUGAUGGUGUUGAUGUGCUGGUGGAAUCAUCAGGGGAUUCGCUUUUGCUGGAUACUUCUUCUAGUGAUUUAGAAGUUCAUAAUGAAGAGGUGGAUGAUAGGGAAGAUGUUCCUAUAAUUGAGAAUCAUGUCAAUAGUUCUGAGAUUGGCAUAGCCUUCAGCUUCGACAAUCACAGCUAUUUACCUACAGAAAUUUCCACUAAUUCAUCAUUGGGCCUGAUUGAAGAGUUAUCCUUGCCUACCACUGUUCCCGUCCAAGAAAACAAUCAUAAAUGGGAUCUGAACUCUGGUGAACAUCUUAGCAUCCCAUUUGAAUCUGAUAUUGAUUCGUUACCUAGAGGUCAGGAUGAGAAGAUAGACAAUAUGAGCGAUGAAGUUUCAUUGUCGAACAAAGCUUCAAUAGAAGAGGUGGACCAGUCUAGUUCAGAAAUUGAAUCACACAACUCCGAGGACACGCUUGUACAACCUCCAGUAGAUAUGUCCUUCAAGGAGAAGGUGAAAAAAUUUGUGCUGAAUGGGGAUGUAGAUACACUUGAAGAUAACAUUUAUGGUGUAUCUAUUGAGAGUGUUGCUGAAGAAAUCAAGAACGGCAAUCAGUUCAGGAAUGCUGAAGAAGUUCAACCAAGAACCUGUACUUCAGAGCACUCAAAGCAUUUUCAUGAGGGAUGUGAUGGAAUGGCUGACCAAGUUUUGUCUUCAACAACAGUUGACCCUUAUCUUGGUGAUGCUACUUCAUUAGGUGAUUUACGGAGUUCUCUAUCUGACAAGGAUGUUAAGACAUGUGAGAGGGAGGAUCAACAAGAUAUUAGUCGUCUCAAGUCCAUGUUGCAUCAGAAGGAGUUAGAAUUGUCUCGGUUGAAAGAACAGAUUGAGAAGGAACAGCAUGCAUUGUCAGUCAUGCAAGCCAACGCAGAAAUAGCUAUCAGCGAGGCACAAAAACUUAUCCUUGAAAAAGAUGCAGAGUUGCUUGCUGCUGAAGAAAACCUGUCAGGAUUAGUGGAGGUUGAGAUCCAGUAUCAUGGUGAUGGUGAGAUUGUGGAGGUGACUGGCAGCUUCAAUGGUUGGCAUCAUCAAAUUAAAUUGGAUCCACAGCCACCAUCCAGUAUCAUAGACCACACAGGAUCAAGAAAAUCCAGGCUGUGGUCAACAAUGCUAUGGCUUUACCCGGGAGUAUAUGAGAUAAAAUUCCUUGUUGAUGGCCAUUGGAAUAUUGAUCCUCAAAGAGAAACAGUUACCAGGGGUACAAUAUGUAACAACAUUCUUCGAGUUGACGGUUAAAUGGCUUUGAAGGGCAUUUUAUCUAUGGAUCACAGGGGCAAGGAGGCAGCUAAAUAAUCACUUGCUAGAUAUCUCAUAUCUGGCCUAUCUAUGAGGGGAUUGAGGGCAGACGCAAAAUUGAUGUUGAAGCAGUCUUUAUUCUUUAAAAUAUGCCAUCAGGACCAAUAAAUCAAGUGGGAGACUACUUACACAGAUGGAGAUGAGAGGAGCCCUGAACCACAACCAUAUUUAUUUACAGCUGCCGUGAUCACCGUACAAAGUAGGAGCUAUCAAAUCUGAUCCGUGCAAAUGUAUAUAUCUGCUAGUCACCAUAGAGCUUCACUAUCCUAUUAAUUUCAACAUUCACGGUUGCAAUAACCUUAUUCCGGUGGUAUCCUGCCUAGUAGAGAAUCUGUAUGUUGUUGGCUGUUACAUGAACUCGAACAGUGACUCGAAGCAGAUGUGGGAGCAGUUUUGUAUAUGCUACCCGGAUAUCUCUGAGUAUCGCUUUUCCAAACC